AUGUCGUCCGAGGAGCCGCCUGCCAAAAAGCAACGAACGCUAGCCUGCCAGCGAUGUCGCUUUCGGAAACAGAAGUGCGAAGACAGUCGACCAUGCCAGAAUUGUAUCAAAGGAGAUGAAGAAUGUGUACCGACUCAGCCAGCACCUCGCCCGCAAGUCGAAAGCGAGUAUGUGCGCAUCCUAGAGCGGCGUAUCGCUGAGCUUGAGUCUCUGGACCCGCAACAAAGUCUUGAUCACCUAGGGAGACCCUCUGACAGGCCCGUUCAAGAGCUAAACCCCGGUACAUCGCCAGCAAGCAGUGGAAUGCCGAGUAGCGGUGUUAGAGGCGCAACUGCCAGUCCUUCUGUUCAGCGGAUCGCACCACCGCGACGGCCGUCUAUUCUUUCCGGAUCAUCGCCAGGUUAUCCAAUAGCUUCUGGUCUCGACGAUGAGCCAGAUUUGAAUCAUCUCAUUUUUGGUCUUAUUGCAUCUCCAUCAGCGCAAUUUCCAGUUCACGAUGCUACUGUCAGCCCGACAAAUCCAGAACUGGGGCAGGCGGUACUACACAGCGCCCAUGCAUUGUUGGGCAGCAUGUCUCUAGAGAUGGAGGAAGUAAUGUUGAACGCGUAUCGCGAACGAGCUCAAGCGCAGUAUCCCUUUUUCCACUGGGACACAUUCAUUACAUGGCAUUCAGAGUGGAAGCAUUGCCUGCCUUGUGACCUUAAAGAACGAGCCUGGCAAGGGUUCUUCAUCAAUCUCGUUUAUGCGACAUCUUUGGUACUCCUGCGUCAACAGUAUACGGCAACUCUCAAUGCGAGAGAGUUUUACAACAGUGGAAUCUCGCUACUUCCAGCUGUGCUACGUCAACCAGAUAGAAUUCUUCACGUACAAGCGUAUCUCCUGCUAUCUAUCCAUGCACUACAUCAGAGUUCCACGGAACGCAUCAUUUCUCUUGCCUCCACAGCUAUGAGACAAUGCGUCCAGCAACAAUUACACCUCGGUGAGAUGGAGCCGCCAUCAGCGAAUGUACAGACGAAGCUCAUGAUUCAAGUCCGUCGACGAUGCUUUUGGUGUGCGUACUUGCUCGAUCGAUUAGUUAUGUCAUCAUUCGAUCUUCCCCCAUCCAUUCCAGACUACAUGAUCACUGUAAGGCCAUUCGCUAACAUCGAUGACCAUGACCUGGAAGAAGCUGCCGCGAUAACUCCACCUAGUCAGGACUUGGCUGAUUCUCAGCAAUACACGUGCAAUUCUUCAGCGCUUCACAUACUCCAGUGCCGGCGCAUACAAUCCGAAAUUAGUGCUGUUACACUUCGGUGGGAUUAUAACGCUCAGUUUGAGAACGCUUCAGACUGGCGGAUAAGAAUUCUUACAGAGCUGGAAAACUUCAAGUCUCGCGUGAAGAACUUCUCAGAUCCAGAAUCGAAGGGUUACACAUCGCAACGCUGGCAAGCUAUGAUAUACCACUAUACAUUGCUCAUGCUAUAUCGGCCGACGAAAGCGAAUGUAGUCGGAUCCGCUGGCGACUGGUCUGUUCAAGCCAGUAGUCAAGCUUGUUUGAUGUUUCGCAAGACCCAGAUCGAUCGUCAGAUUGCUCAGCCAUGGCUUGCACUUCUUGUUCAGUUUCAGUCCGGUAUCACACUGCUGUACUGCUUCUGGGCUACUCCACCGGAACGCAGAACCGAAAACUACUAUUCUCUCGAUGUUCCCGACGCGCUACGUGCCUGCUCCAAUAUUCUCGCAAUAAUGGCAGAUCGGUGGGCGAAGGCAGAAUGUCUGCGAGACGUCUUUGAACUACUGGCGCGCGAGAUACCGCUAGUCGACCGACCGAACAAGCCACCGACCCGGUUAUCGGGGAAAACGGUCACGACGAUUCAAGCGCACCUUCCGCAGGUUCGUGCACUAGUAGUGCAUCGUCCGGCGUUGCGCAUGAUCGAUGAAAUGAUAAACGAGGACUUCCCCCGCUCAGCACAGCCUUCCCAGCCCCCAUCAGUCGCUGGCAUGCUCGCUCCAAUCCAGCAGGAACCUGAGGAUCAUUUCGACACUCAGCUACAACAGAUCAAUGCAAACUUUCAAAUGCCAUUCUCCAUGCAGCAGCCAUUUGAAUACGGAAUUGCGGAACCUGGACUUCACGAUCUUGAUAUUGAGGGCCUGCUAUCAUUUCCUGGCGUUUUCGACUUCGAGGGCUGGACAUGA